UAAACAGCGAAACGAGGAAGGGGUGAUCGCGAUCGGUUGAAGGCAGAGGAGGACAAGCGAGCAUCGAGGAGGACAGAAAGUUAGGCGAAGGUGGGUGGAUGACGGUGGUGGUGGCGGUAAAAGAGAAAAAGGGGGGCUGUGGAGGUGAGAAGGUAGGAGAACCAGCCUCCGCCAGUAUCCACGUGUUCAGUGUAGUAGCGCGUUAUGACCCGGAUGUUAGAUCGUAGCUGCAGUUUUGCGAGAACCUGCCGACCCGGAUGUCUCGUUCGUCGUCUACCACUGAUCCGCUACUAAUGUCCUCCUGGUCACCGAAAUAUGUUCAAUCGGAUAGAUGCGAGCAAAUCAACGAAAGGUGCCAGCAAACUUCGAAGGGACCUGAUAAAUGCCGAAAUCGCCAACUUACGUGAUUUACUGCCAUUACCACCGUCGACUCGUCAGAGACUUUCCCAGCUACAGCUUAUGGCUUUGGUUUGCGUAUUCCUUCGAAAAGCCAAUUAUUUUCAACAAGCCUUGAAAAACUGUCCGUCCGACUCUUCGAAUAUCCCGACUCCUAAUAUAGGAUUUUCAAAAGCCAUGUCCGGAUUUAUAAUGAUGAUGACCCAGCAAGGGAAACUGUUGUAUAUAUCGGAAAAUGCGGCAGAAUACCUUGGACACUCUAUGGAAGAUCUGUUGAUCCACGGAGAUAGCGUUUACGAUGUGAUAGACAAACAGGAUCAUAUGGUUGUACAAAAUCAAUUAUCUAGAAAUAGUCCAAUUCCAAGUGAUCGGAGAUUAUUUCUUUGUCGCAUCAACGUAUCUAGAAACUCACGGAGACAACUACGUUUUGGUGAUCAAAAGGUGGUUCUUGUCGAAGGACACUUUUUGCCUUUCGUUCCUGUUUGCAAUCGAAACGAAUUUGUUUUUCUUGCUUCGUGCACACCAGUUAUUUUGCCAGAAACACGAGAAAGUAUCGUGCAGGGUGCGACAAAUAUUUUCACCACGAUUCACUCUAUGGAUAUGAAGUAUCUUCAUAUCGAUAAAACAGCAGAAAGCCAUUUGGAGUAUACGCGUAACGAAUUAGUAAACGUGUCGUGGUACAAUUUGUUACACUGGGAUUCUAUACGAACAGCGUACUGCAAACAUCAGACUGUUAUUCAAUCUGAUCAAGAACGGUCUGCAACCGCAUUGUUGAGGCUGCAAAGUCGUUCCGGACGGUGGUUCUGGGUACACUGCGUUUUACAAGUCAAAGAUACUUCCGAAGAAUGUCAACAUCCUAUCAUUGUGUGCACGAAUCAAGUUUUGAGUGACAGAGAGGCGGAAGUAAUGCGUUCAAGUUCCUGGCUCUACCAAUACUCCUCCCAAUCAAAGUUCACCUACACCAUCUGUUCCGGUCAGAACCGCAGUGUGCCAUACGCGACCGGAAGUCAGAACAACCAGCAAGACUACACUCGCUUGUCGCACAACAACGACACCCAGCACUCUCCAGACAUCCGAAAUUCCGAGGACCUUCACGGCUCCAAGUCUCAAUUAAAGGACUUUGGAGCAAGGAACCGGGAGGACGCUGAGCCCGUGGACAUGUCGAUAAGCAGCAGCGAGCACGAGAACAGGAAUAUCCACGUGCACAUGCAGCACGGUUACUCUCUGGGGCAGUUCACGGACAGGUACAAAGCGCACCACAAGAAUUCGCUGAAUCUGACCGGCUACCGUGCGAAGUUCAUUCAGUGCCACGGGCAAUACAACGUGAACGUGUCGCCCAAGUACUACAUCACAGAUUUGGAUAAGGAGUACUGUUGCAACGAGAGGAGCAGUGUUCACAAGAGACUUCCGGUAAAGGGUCUAUCGUCGACGGUGACGGGAAACGUCGAUCCCUCGGAGCUGCCCAUGGAACACUGGAACUCCAGUCCAGUGUGGUCAGACACCCUGCAGAGGGUACCGGACGUUGUGCACCAAGAACUGAGUCCUUACGUGGCGACGCCGACCACUCCUGUCGACACUCCGGACUCUGAGCUACAUCCGGAGACACCGAUUUUUAAUUUUGACUGGACGGCAGAGCAACACGUGCCCAACCUGAAGAUCACGUUUCGCAGCUCGAAUCAGGGGCCCAGGAAAGUACAGGACGUUCAGCCGAUCACGUUACAGUUACCACGGAAAAAGGGCCAGUCCAUGAACGACUCUAAAGACUUUCCUAAAUGAGACUGUGCAUCCAAUCGGUGCUUCAGUUAGAUAGGCAAAUAUAGUUUUGCUGGCUUCCGAAGAGCUGUGGAAUAUGAGCAAAUUUUUUAGAGGAGUAGAGUAGUUUCAUUAGAGAUGUUGGAAUAUGAUGGUUUAACAGUAGUCGCUUUUUAUUGGAAUGUUAAGAUGGAUGUUAUGAUUCUUAAGUUAAAUAAUUAUUGAAUAUUUUACACUCCAAAUUUUUAAAUAAAUUAAUUUUUCAGUU